GUUACUUCACCAUUGCCUUCUGCUCUUUAGCGGUCCCCCCAGCGUUAAACUUCUAUUAUGCACAAUGGGUGAUAAACAUAUUUCGAUAGGCCAAUAUAUUGACACGGCAAUGUGCAUCUUGCUACAAUGUUGCAUGCAGAUUCUGUUUUGAGUGUUCAAUUGUAUUGUUUUCGCGCAAAUUCGUGUAGAUUGCUCGUGCUAUGAUUCAGGUCAACAUGGACGACUAGUCAUUCCAUCUCGACAGCUCUGGGGGGAAAAAACCCCCAGCACCAUAAUGUGAAACGGGAUCCGCUGAUGGCAUAGUGAACGGCUCUGCUGACAAGGUACCCGCUGGUUCCACUGCCUUCGCCCAGCCUAAAAAUGAGUGAGCCUACCGCUACAGAACCCCCUAGCGAUGUGACCCCCAGUGUUACUACUGGCGUUACCACUGAAGUUAUAGAUCAACUUUCUACUAAUGAAAACGAGGCCCCCAAGGAUGAGGUCAAGUUGGCGGCAACAGCAGGGAAGAAGCAGACCAAGAAGAAGGUGGAGGAGGUGGUAGAGGAAGAGGAGGAGGAGUAUGUGGUGGAGAAGGUGCUGGACCGACGGGUGGUAAAGGGACGCGUGGAGUUUCUGCUCAAAUGGAAAGGCUUCUCCGAUGAGGACAAUACAUGGGAACCGCAGGACAACCUGGAUUGCCCUGACCUGAUUGCGGAGUACAUGCAGAAUCAUCAUAACAAAAAAGAAAGUUACAAGAAAGAGUCUGGUGGCAAGAGGAAAGCUGGCGAGUCUGACACAGAGGCAGGGGGUGAAGAAGGCAGGCCCAAGAAGAGGAAAGAUGAGGCCGAGAAGCCCAGAGGCUUUGCUCGUGGUCUUGACCCCGAACGGAUCAUUGGAGCCACAGACUCCAGUGGAGAGCUGAUGUUCCUCAUGAAAUGGAAGAACAGUGAUGAGGCGGACCUGGUGCCGGCCAAGGAGGCCAACAUUAAAUGUCCACAGGUGGUCAUCUCCUUCUACGAGGAGCGUCUGACAUGGCACUCCUACCCCACCGAGGAGGAAGAGAAGAAGGAUGAUAAGAACUAGCCACAGGUCCAGGAUGAAGGGGGUACAGAGGUUGGGGUGGAGGGUGUGGGACAGAGAAGCUGAUUUGUUUCAAAACCUUUCUGCAAACCCGGACUGUUAAAACUAAAACAGAGGUUGACAGAUGGGUAGGGAUGAUAAGACUUGUUAAGGAGGUGGGUUGUGGGGGGGGCAUGGGUAAAUAGAACUCCUAAGUCUCAAGAUCACUUUAUCAGGCCUCACUUUUGGGUCUCAUCAGAUAGAAUCAUGGGAUAUGUCGUUUUCAGUCCCUGAGCACUGAAUUGCUUCAAAAUCACCAGCUCCUCUUAGUGUAGUUUCGCCUCAGAAAAGCUUUUGUCAAGAUACCUCGCUAACUCAAAAGUGUAUCACUACAGCAGCUGAGUUUACAAAAUGGAAUGGUCCGAUUCCAAAACACGAUCCAGCAAAAGUUCUCAGCUAAUAGAAUUGAAAUAGCCAAUCUUAAUUUCCAGUUUUCUUGCGUGAAAUGUUGAAGUUGAUUUCUUGUCAGAACAUUAUCUUGUACCUACACAUCCCUCAUCGAGCAACUUGCAGUGCUUUUUGUUUGUCUUUCUACUUUUUAUGAAACCUGUUUUAAGUGUUGGCACCUGCCUUCCCUUGCCAUAUCAUUAUCAUAUAAUGUGUAAAUAGUUGCGGUUAUAUUUGGUUAGUUUUAAUUGGUUAUGAGAGCGAUCUAAGAAGGAUUUUAUUUGAAUUUUUGGGAUGUUCAGACUAGAGUUCAUUUAGAUUCUGGUCUUUAAGCGUUACACAUAGGAGGUGUGUAGAGGUGUGAACAAUGGUGUGGAGCAGGGUUUCCAUUAGCAAAACAUGGUGCUGGACAUUUGACGGGCAGCAUUUUAAUUUACCAGACAUUUCAGACGUUUUCCCGACCCAUAUGCAUUGUGUGCGUAAUCUGAUUAGGGCGUACAGCCACGGUGCUCAGAAUGACGGAUCACAUUUUAGAUUAUGGUCAUUUGUUUUAAAAGAACAUGCAAAUCGAGGAUGCAACAGCGUGCAUCUUCACCCAAUUCCGAUGCGCACUUUGAAGAUGUUAGAAUAACUGUCCGCUUUUACUUUUUCUCAGCCAGCAAGGUGAGUAACAAACAGCAAAAUCACUAGCCUAUGUCAAUAUACUAUUCCCCAUAGUAGAACAUUUGACCUAUUUAUUGGUCAGCUUGUCGUUCUGUGCGAGGAAAGAAAUGGCCUACUCCAGACAGACUCUGGGACAACAGAUCCCAAAUGCAUACAACCAGUAGGCCUAGGCUACAUAACAUUAUUUCUGAAAAUAACUUUCAAGCAAUGAUGCUGAUGCAACCGAUCAGAACAUUUCGCUUAAAAUGUUGAUUAAACUAUAAUUUCUUACUAGUCAGUACUAGUCACCCUUGCCGUUUUUCCUAUUUUGUUGCAUUACAACCUGUAAUUAAAUUGUGUUUUUAUCUGGAUUUCAUGUAAUGGACAUACACAAAAUAGUCCAAAUUUGCAAAGUGAAAUGAAAAAAAUUACUUGUUUCAAACAAUUCAAACAAAACUCUGAAAGAUUGUAUGUGCAUAUGUAUUCACGCCCUUUGCUAUGAAGUCCCUAAAUAAGAUCUGGUGCAACCAAUUACCUUCAGAGGUCACAUAAUUAGUUAGAUUGCACACAGGUGGACUUUAUUUAAGUGUCACAUGAUCUGAGUGUGUAUAUAUACACCUGUUCUGAAAGGCCCCAGAGUCUGCAACACCACUAAGCAAGGGGCACCACCAAGCAAACUGCACCAUGAAGACCAAGGCGCUCUCCAAACAGAUCAGGGACACAUUUUUGGAGAAGUACAGAUCAGGGUUGGGUUAUAAAACACAUCCCACAGAGCACCAUUAAAUCCAUUAUUUAAAAAUGGAAAGAAUAUGUCCCCACAACAAACAUGCCAAGAGAGGGCCACCCACCAAAACUCACGGACCAGGCAAGGAGGGCAUUAAUCUGAGGCAACAAAGAGACCAAAGAUAACCCUGAAGGAGCUCCACAGCGGAGAUUGGAGUAUCUGUCCAUAGGACCACUUUAAGCCGUACACUCUAGAGAGCUGGGCUUUAUGGAAGAGUGGCCAGAAAAAAAGCCAUUGCUUAAAGAAAAAACUAACCAAACACGUUUGGUGUUCGCCAAAAGGCAUGUGGGAGAGUCCCCAAACAGCAACAUGCUGUGGGGAUGUUUUUCAUCGGCAGGGACUGGGAAACUGGUCAGAAUUGAAGGAAUGAUGGAUGUUGCUUAAUACAGGGAAAUUCUUGAGGGAAACCUGUUUGUCUUCCAGAGAUUUGAGACUGGGACAGAGGUUCACCAUCCAGCAGGACAAUAACCCGAAGCAUACUGCUAAAGCAAUACUCGAGUGGAUUAAGGUGAAACAUCUAAAUGUCUUGAAAUGGCCUAGUCAAAGCCCAGACCUCAAUCCAAUUGAGAAUCUGUGGUAUGACUUAAAGCUUGCUGUACACUAGUGGAACCCAUCCAACUUGAAGGAGCUAGAGCAGUUUUGCCUUGAAGAAUGGGCAAAAUUCUCAGUAGCAAGCUAAUAGAGACACCCCGAGAGACUUGCAGCUGUAAUUGCUUCAAAAUGUGGCUCUACAAAGUAUUGACUGAAUAGUUAUGCACGCUCAAGUUUUCAUUUUUGUUUGUUUUUGGUCUUAUUUCUUGUUUGUUUCACCCAAAAAUAUUUAGCAUCUUCGAAGUGGUAGGCAUGUGUAAAUCAAAUGAUGCAAACCCCUAAAAAAUCAAUUUUAAUUACUGGUUGUAAGGCAACAAGAUAGUAUUCACCCCCCCCCCAUGGCAUUUUUCCUUUCGCAAGCCACUGUAUGUGCAGCAAUGUACACAAGGCAGUAGGCUUCGCGUGAAUGUUCAUUCCAAAAUGCAAUUAGCAGAAAACACUCGCACAUGCGAGCGGUUUUCAUGAGAUUAAAAUAUCCAUUAGAUCUCCCCUCUUAAUCUAAAGAUGCAACAACUAGCAUGGGUUGCUAAUAUGACUAGGAUUGUGCCUUUGAUUACUGGAAAAUGAGAGUGAGUUGAUUUGAAAACCAAUAGAACAUGAGAGAAAUAGGCUACUGGUUUCAAUGGCAUAUGGAACUUUAAAACAAUUGCCUUUACGUUUCUAUGGUCCGAUCUUAGCUAGGCUACUUUGACGCAAGGGAAGACAAGUCUCAUAUGAAGUAAAACAUUCAGGUUUCAAACAAUUACGAAUGUUUUCUAAAUGCAUACUGCCUCCAUUUCAUUGGAAAGUGGUGUCUGAAGCCUGCAUAGCGUUGCCUAGGCACUUAAAAUAAGCACGCUUCAAUUGUCAGUUAAGAAAUACAAAUAGUUGCUAUUUUUAAUGGUGGCCAUCAACUUUUUUAACACGCAAUUGCAUUUAGAAUUGUUGGGCUUGUAAAAGCGCAUUUUACUCCAGCAGCAACAAACAUGCGGUUUGAGAAGCUUUACCAGCAGCUCCUCAAACCGCAGAUUUUUCCGCUUAAAUUAGCCUCUGCAUCUGUAUGCUGUGUGCCUGUGAUAAAUAAGAUGCAUAAAGACUAACGGAAAUACACAUGCAGCAAUUUAAUUAUGCAAAUUAACCUAUAGACUGAUAAGCUUGACCGGUCAAAUGUAUUUGCAUCGACUGGUAUUUCCAUCAAUGAAUAAGCUAAAGAGCAUUAUUUUGCAAGGGGAUUUUUUUUUUCUCUCACAGACAAUUGGCUGGUCGGACAUUUUAUUUAUCGGCUUUUCACUUCUUUCAUCUGCCAAAAACCGUCUAUUACCGGCUAACAGAAACCCUGGUAUGGAGCUACUAACUUUCUUGUGGAGCACCAGAAUGACCUAUGUAACCUGAGUUGUUUGUGGUCUCGUACCCAUGGCUAAAAAGACUUGAUUGGUGUGAUCUACUUUCCUGCCAGAUAACACACCCUCAGAAAACAGGCACCAAGUAAGAAGCUAGAGAUGAAGAUGCGAAAGAUAGGCUUUCACUCAGAUUAAUCUUUGGUGGAAAGCUUUAUUUACUAUAACGCCCACAUAUUCUGUCCUUAUUUCUUGUCGAGCUAUUCCCAUGUGCUGCACAUGCUCACCAUUCACAGGCUUCCUUGAGGGGAUUGGGGCUUUUAGGAGGUUUGGUAUUGUUGUCAAACUGCACUGGAAAUACGUGGAUUUGGAUUAAGGUGGUGGGAAGGGGUAGGCUCAGUCAAGGCCCAUGGUUUUAAUGUGGUUGCGAAGAUGAGGGAUGGACAAAACAAAUGUUUUUUAUUUAUUUUUUAAAUGCAACCAAAUCUAUCCCAAGAGGUAUACACAGAGGAAAAUGUAGUGUCUAUGCCAGGGCUCUCCAACCCUGUUCCUGGAGAGCUACCAUCCUUUAGGUUUUCACUCGAACCCUAAUCUAGCGCACCUGAUUCUAAUAAUUAGCUGGUUCAUAAACUGAAUCAGGUAAAUUAAAACGGGGGUUGACGAGAACCUACAGUUGAAGUUGGAAGUUAACAUACACUUAGGUUGGAGACAUUAAAACUAUUUUUUCAACCACUCCACAAAUUUCUUGUUAACAAACUAUAGUUUUAGCAAGUCUGUUAGGACAUCUACUUUGUGCAUGACACAAGUAAUUUUUCCAACAAUUGUUUACGGACAGAUUAUUUCACUUAUAAUUCACUGUAUCACAAUUCCAGUGGGUCAGAAGUUUACAUAUGCCUUUAAACAGCUUGGAAAAUUCCAGAAAAUUGUCAUGGCUUUAGAAGCUUCUGAUAGGCUAAUUUACAUAAUUUGAGUCAAUUGGAGGUGUACCUGUGGAUGUAUUUCAAGGCUUACCUUCAAACUCAGUGACUCUUUGCUUAACAUCAUGGGAAAAUCAAAAGAAAUCAGCCAAGACCUAAGAAAAAAGUCUGGUUCAUCCUUGGGAGCAAUUUCCAAAUGUCUGAAGGUACCACGUUCAUCUGUACAAACAAUAGUACACAUGUAUAAACACCAUGGGACCAUGCAGCCGUCAUACCGCUCAGGAAGGAGACGCGUUCUGUCUCCUAGAGAUGAAUGUACUUUGGUGCGAAAAAGGCAAAUAAAUCCCAGAGCAACAGCAAAGGACCUUGUGAAGAUGUUGGAGGAAACAGGUACAAAAGUAUAUAUAUCAUCAGUAAAACGAGUCCUAUUUUGACAUAACAUGAAAAGCCGCUCAGCAAGGAAGAAGCCACUGCUCCAAAACUUCCAUUAAAAAAAAAAAGCCAGACUACGGUUUGCAACUGCACAUGGGGACAAAGAUUGUACUUUUUGGAGAAAUGUCCUCUGGUCUGAUGAAACAAAAAUAGAACUGUUUGGCCAUAAUGACCAUCGUUAUGUUUGGACGAAUAAAGGGGAAGCUUGCAAGCCGAAGAACACCAUCCCAACCUUGAAGCACGGUGGUGGCAGCAUUAUGUUGUGGGGGUGCUUUGCUGCAGGAGGGACUGGUGCACUUCACAAAAUAGAUGGCAUCAUGGGGCAUAAAAAUUAUAUGGAUAUAUUGAAGCAACAUCUCAAGACAUCAGUCAGGAAGUUAAAGCUUGGUUGCAAAUGGGUCUUCCAAAUGGACAAUGACCCCAAGUACACUUCCAAAGUUGUGGCAAAAUGGCUUAAGGACAACAAGUCAAGGUAUUAGAGGCCAUCACAAAGCCCUGACCUCAAUCCUAUAGAAAAUUUGUGGGCAGAACUGAAAAGGUGUAUGGGAGCAAGGAAGCCUACAAAGGCCUACAAACCUCAGUUACACCAGCUGUCAGGAGGAAUGGGCCAAAAUGUAACCAACUUAUUGUGGGAAGCUUGUGGAAGGCUACCCGAAACAACAUUUGACCCAAGUUAAACAAUUUAAAGGCAAUGCUACCAAAUAAUAAUUGAGUGUAUGUAAACUUCUGACCCACUGGGAAUGUGAUGAAAGAAAUUAAAGCUGAAAUAAAUAAUUUUCUGGUAUUAUUCUGACAUUUCACAUUCUUAAAAUAAAGUGAUGAUCCUAGCUGACCUAAGACGGGGAAUUUUUACUGGGAUUAAAUGUCAGGAAUUGUGAAAAACUGAGUUUAAAUGCAUUAGGCUAAGGUGUAUGUAAACUUCCGACUUGAAAUGUACAUGACAGUAGCUUUCCAGGAACAGGUUUAUAAUGCCAUUUACAUUACAUUUACAUUUAAGUCAUUUAGCAGACGCUCUUAUCCAGAGCGACUUACAAAUUUGUGCAUUCACCUAAUGACAUCCAGUGGAACAGCCACUUUACAAUAGUGCAUCUAAAUCUUUUAAGGGGGGGCAGAAGGAUUGCUUUAUCCUAUCCUAGGUAUAAAGCAAUCCUGGUCUGGUCUAUGCACAUGCACCUCUGUUUUACUAAACCCCUGUUUUAAAUACAGACGACGUGUCCCUAGGUAGUCUAUAUUGUGUUUCAAAGUAAAUAAAACGGUUUUAUGGUGGUCUGUUUCAUAGUGUAAAGUAAAUCUAUCCAAGGUGUUGGCAGCCAUAGAUCAAUCUAGCAACUUAUUCAUCUCGCACAACUGACAAACUGAAAUCGCAAGACCAGUUCAAGACGACCUCUCCAACUAAGCUAAUUCUCCUUUCAGACUUUACUGUUGAGCUCUGAUGUUAAUUCUCGCCGUGUCUGGAUCUGUUAUAUUAAAAUGAGCUGCCAAUUUAAAGAACUGACCCUCACAGAGGUGGGUGGGUUAUAUUCAAGUUUGGUUUGCGGGGCUUCGCUACCUCUGGAUUAAUUGAAGAAUUGUUCACUGCUCUAUUGCGUCUGAAUUAUCCCUCUUCUGGCAUCUUUUAAAUCCCAAAUUGUUAAGUAAAGAAUGUAAUUGAUUCAUCACAGCUAACAAUAGCUUGUAUGAAAAAUUUAUGGUGUCUAACAUUUAAAUGUUUAGGUACUGAAGACAACCACCAUUACCAGGGGUUUUACAGCCCUGGUAUAGACCAUGUUGCCUUGGAUUGAUUUUGCAUUUGGGUAUUUUACAGCUCAUUUUAUCAUGACAAGUCUAAGAGGGCUUGCGUGUCUUUUCUAAUAUACCAGACCGGAAGAUAUCUAUAUAUACAUUAUACCCUAGUCAAGUGGCUCAUGUGUAACCUUUUAGUUAUUUUGUCUUUGACUCUUUCUUGUGUCUACUGAAGAGGCUUCUCUUGUUGCAUGUUUUUUGCUUUCAAUCAGUCACCAUUUGCAGUGGUUACUUUUACUUGUUUAAAUGUUUUUUGGACAAUAAAUCAUUUUUUUGUUAACAA